CUUCAGUGCUUCCAACAAUGCCGCCGCCGCCCGAUCGGUACCGUGCCGUGUAUGCCAUCUUGUUCUUGCAGGGCGUCGGUGCUUUGCUGCCAUGGAAUGUGUUCAUCACAGCAGCCAGCUACUUUGGCGAGCGCCUCAAGGAUACAUCGGUGCAUGCGUCGUUUCUCAAUUGGUUCAGCCUUACGUUCAACCUGACCACGCUCUUCGUUGUGUCCUUGAACGCGGCAUGGCUUCGCCCGCACUUGCCAUGUCCUCGAACUAAGGUCGUUGCUUCAUUGGUGGGGAUCGCUGUGGUCCUCCUUAUCACGGCAGUGCUCGUCCAGUGUUCAGCUGUUGUGGGCUCCCCAUUCUUCGCCAUCACCAUAUCGAGUAUCGUGGUGGCGUCCAUUUGCUCGGCGUAUUUGCAAGAAGGUCUGUUUGAAAUCACGGCGCUGCUCCCGGAAAUUUACACGCAAGCAGUCAUGACUGGCCAGAGCAUGGCGGGGUUUCUUGUCGCGCUAAGCGGCUUCGUCCUGACGUGGCUCCACCCCAUACUUCCGUCGACAGCUGUGUCAGCGUACUUUAUGUGGUCGGCUGUUCACGAAGGUGAAGCCGCCACCAGCGCGUUCAUCUACUUUUUGGUUGCCUUUGCCACCGUGCUCGCGGCAUGGGCGUCCAUGCUGAUCUUUUUUCGGCUUCCCUUCACCAAAUUCUUCCUCUCGACGUCCGAGAAGCGUCGCGGCAGACUCGCGAACCAAAACAACGAUCGUCUCGUGUCGCUGCUGGAGGACGAAGACAGCUCCACGUCGACUGACUCGGCGCCGUUUCUCGACCCGAUCGAUGACGAGAUGGACGACGUUGCCACCGUCAAGGCAUCGCUGCCUCGUUCGAAUCCAUGGAAAAUCUUGUGGCAAGUUCGGCACUUCGCCUUUACCGUGUUUGCCACAUUCUUCGUUACCCUGGCGCUGUUUCCAGUUGUGACGUCGUCGAUUGAGUCGACAAGCAUGAACCAGUCGCUUUUCGUCGCGCUCACGUUCGUUGUGUUCAACUUGGGCGAUGUCGUCGGCCGCGCGUGCACGGCCCUGUACGUGUUUCCGUUCCGGCGGCUCUUGGCCGUGGGCGCGGUCGGUCGCGUUGCUUUCUUCGUUCUUUUCUUCGUGUGCAACGUCCGUGACUCGCCGAUUACGAUCUUUCGCCAGGAUGGUGCUGCCGUCCUCGUGCUGUUUGCCUGUGCCUGGUCGAACGGGUACUUUUGCAGCGUCGCGAUGAUGCGGAGCACGCACGCCGUCCAUCGCGCGAACCGAGAACUGUGCAGCUCCAUCAUGUUCCUAUGUCUAUGUCUCGGCCUCACUGCCGGUUCCCUGGCGUCGUUCGGUCUGCGUGCUCUCUUAUGCCGCUGCAAUCCCUUUUAAUCGGUAGUUCACACUGCAAAUACAGUCGCGCAUUAAAAGCCCCAACUCGUCUACUCGUUGCACCAUGGCUGGGCACGGUCAUGCGGCGUGGCGG